CAAAAUUGCAAAUACGAUGAAUUGCCCUAAAGUGGGACACUGCGUAAUAUGGGACACUUAAGGUUUCUUGUUUGUAGCUCCCCAUAAAUACAUGAAUGCCAGUGAAACUCUGGGUUAAAGCUGUGGUGUCAUGUGAUCGAAAUCACAUCACCUCUCAAAUGUACAAUCAUAAAUGAGGCUGCAGGAAUCAUCAAACUGGAAGCACAUUGUGUGAAGACCACCCAAGGGUCAGUGACAUAGAGUAUAAAUUCAUAAAAAAAAAACAAAAAAAACAAUCCUGUUAUUUUUGGGCUUAAUGUGCUUAUUUAAUGUUUUUUAUUCAGGUAGUUCUCAAGAUUUGUGCAGGCUUGCUGUUAGAGGUUCUCAAAAAGACAGUUAAGUUAUGCCUGCUUUUGUUGUAUGUAACAGUCAAUAAUUCUAUCUACAUAAUAUAACACAGGUCUAUGAUAAUAGUUGCUUAAUGUCUUAAUAAAUCAAAACUAUCAUAUUGUAUUAUUUGUCUGAUGAUGUUUGAUUAUUUUAUCCAUCCAUAACCAAGAGAUAUACUAACUUUUCGGAUUUGACUAUUCGACAUGAAAGGUGAUUUUGCCUUUUAUAAGGAAGCUGCAGAUUUUCUCAGACGACUUGUACUAAGAGCACUAAUAUGUCUAUCAUUUAUUUUAUGAAUGUGUUAUCUGAAUUUUCUCUUUUGAUUUAUUUAAAACACAUACUGGGGUUUUUAAAAUGGUAUUAGGUGUGGAUUUCAUGUAAACAUCACAAUAUGCCACAGAAGUCUGAAAUGUCCUAGCCUGACUACGUCCGACUUCCUACUUCCGCUCAAUUUCAUUUCGCUUCUGUACUGUCUACGAAGCAAAGUGACGUAGCAGAGUCUGGUAUUACCAGGCUAGAAAUGUCCCACAUUCACCCUGAACUGGAUCCUUGAUGCCUCUACAGGGGAAAGAAGAAAUGGUUUACUGAAAAGUUCUUAAAAAGCAGAAUUUUGUUUUAUACCAUUCCUUUAAACAAUCGUUAUUCAUUUAAAUAUUACCCAAAAUUGCCAUUAUAUGAUAUUUAGGAAACACAAACCGAGUAACGUCAUCUUGACCUAUAUAAUUAUACGAUUAAAAAUUUAUACUCGCCUAAUGCAUGACAUUCGUAUCAGAAAAACGUGAAUCUCUAAAAUUAACACGUAUCAGCAAUUCACAACAUCAGACGAGCAAAUAUCGUUAUAGUGCGUUAAGACGCUGAUUGCGAUUAGCAUCUAACUUUAACAUCUGUGACGCAGUACAAAAAUAGGAAACGUUGAACAAGCUAAGUUCAGAUUGUUACGACUGUAAUUGUUUAUUGUGUAAAAGUUUAUUUCAGUAUGUAAUGACAAUGAGUAGCUCCUACAAAGCAUAUUGUUUUCCAGACGUUAUAUGCCUUUUGUUCAUCUCGGAAGCAGAUAUUGUCAGUAAACUGAUGUGAAUGGGCAUGACCAUAGGGCAUGACGCAUCAGGAACUGCUCUGCAUACUGAACUAGUGAAACAUAUCGCUGUUCCGCUCGCUCGUAAAAUAAAUAUAACCAAUUUUCAGUUUCCAUUCUGAGUUUGACACUCCCAUCUCUAGAAAAGGUUAAUAAAGCUUGCACCACCUUCCUCCUCAAACAGAUCCUGAAACAUUUAUCAAACAGACGUCCUAGAUAAGGUAUGGAUCCGGACAGAACUUUGAGAGCAAAACUUCUCCAGUUGGAAUGCCACUUCACCUGGGCUCUGAACAGAGAUGAUAUAGAUCUAAAUGAUGUUCUCAAUAGACUGCAAGAACAGAUUAAGCUGUACUUCGGAAAGAAAGAAGGCCUUGCCAAAACUUACAGUCCUUUGGCCUAUGUCCAGUUCCUUCUGGGGUUUCACGAGGAGGCACAUAAUAAUCUCAUGACAUCCGUGAAGCUACUCAUGGAAUGCCACCAGGAUGAAUUUCAUAAAACUCUCAUUGUCACUUAUGGAAACCUCGCCUGGAUAAACUACCACAAGAAGAACUACAAAGAAUGUGAAAGUUACCUGAAGAAGCUUCAGAAGAUAAAUGAAACCUUACUCACUGAGUGGUCAUCUGUUCCAGAGGUGCUUGGUGAAAAGGGAUGGACUUUUCUUAAAUUCUCACAAAAAUAUUACAACACAGCCAAAGAAUGUUUCAGGAAGGCUUUAGAAAUUGAACCAGAGGAAGGCGAAUGGAAUGCUGGUUAUGCAAUUGCUCUGUAUCGCACCGAAUUCGAGAAUUCCAGUGCUGAUAAUUCGCCUACAAUAAAGCAGCUGAAACGAGCCAUUGCCACGAAUCCAGAGGAUGAUGUUCUCAAAGUCCUCUUAAGCAUGCGGCUGAUUGUUUACAAAAAGUACAAAGAGGCUGAGAGUUUGGUAGAGAAGGCUUUAGAAGGAUCUCCAGAUCACCCACAUGUCAUGCGAUAUGUUGCAAAAUUCUUCAGGAAUCAAGGAAGUGUGGACAGGUCAAUUCCUCUUUUGAAGCGAGCACUGGAAAACUCACCCGAUUCGAGUUUCAUACAUCAUCAGUUAGCUCUUUGCUAUAAGUUUAAGAAAAUCCAACUGUUGCAGGAGCAAAGUCACCAUGCCAAAGGGGCAAAAGUUCAACAGAUUCGCGAUCAAUGCAUCUAUCAUUUAGAAAAGGCCACCAGCCUGACAGCCUCCUUCAUUUCUGCAAUGAGCGAUCUAGCGCUGCUGUAUGGAGAGAACCGGGAUAUGUCACGGGCUGAGGAGCUGUUUCAGCUCGCUUUUAAAGCAGCCAGAGAGAAAAACGACAAUCUACAUGUUGUCAAUUUGUGUUAUGCUGAAUUCCAGCUCUACUGCCACAGAUGUGAGUCGUCAGCUAUCAAAUACUUCAUGGAAUGUCUAAAGAUUAAACCGAAUUUACUCACAGGGAAGAAAAGUGCCUACAUUUUAAAGAAGAUCGCUGAUAAACGAAUUCAGAGAAACUCAAAUGAUGUGGAGGCUUAUGGGAUACUAGGGUUCCUUCAUAAGGUAAAUGGGGAGAAAGAUCAAGCCAUUGAGUGCUAUGAGAAAGCUCUGAGUUAUGAAGACAAUGAUGAGUUCCUCAGUAACCUUAGUGAACUCAGGAUGUCCUCACAGUAAAGUCAUCACAUAUUAAAUACUUACACUAUCAGAUGUACAUAAUGUAAUAUGCAUUUGAUUGUGCUUCAUGUACUGACACUUUAUGGCUAUUUAUUCUAUUAAUGUAUAAUGACGAUUAAGUCAGAAUAAAUAAAAUAUACUCUACCUUUAUGUUUAUGUUUUAAGAUUAAAGUAACUAAGGCCUAACAUCUAGUUGGCUAAAAAUAUUUUACAGGAUUUCUAAACUGUCAUUAUCCAAAGGCGCUUUAAACUAAGAGCUUAAAGUUUAAAUAACAUUAUCAUAUAAAUAUAAUGCUCGUUUGUUUUUCCAGUUGUUUUUUUAUUUUAUUUAUUUUUUCACAGAUCAGAACUUAUACCACAGGUAAUGUUGGCCAUAAGAAAGGUAAAUAGUUUCCUUUCGGAUCCCAAAGAUAGUUUAAUGUAAUGAUUGAUUGCAUUUCAGUGUGGCAUGAAUUUUCUUCCAUAUAGCAAACGAGUGAAAUUAAAUGUAAUUUUAUGUCAUAUGUUCUCUCCACAAAAAAAAAGUAAUAAAAAGAAUUAUAAGGCACUGAUAAAAUAAAACAUUUACCUUUAAUGUAGCAUUUAGCCAUCUCAAUCAUUAGACGGCAUUUUGUUCCCCACGUGUUUUCCAUGACCCAGUUUUCCCUCAUGUUAAUUAUGUUUAUUGAUCCUAGGUGCAUCUCAUCCAUCUUCUAAUGCAUUUAAGUCCCAGCUUUAGCGUUUGCUGUUUGUCUGGUAUUGAAUGAAUACGUGGUUCUUUGUGUGUACUCCUGCCUGCCCUGUGUUAUACCUUGGUUUUGUAUUAUUAAAGACCAGUGUUUGAGUUACUCCUUAUCUGGGUUCUUUGCUACUCAAGCAGUGCAAUAAUUGUGACAGUAACACUAUAUAUUUGAUAACAUUUGUUUUUAUUUGUUAACAUUUUGAGGUGUGGAUCACAUUUAAUUUUUACACCAUGGCUGGAUUUUAUUUUAAUAAAGACAUUCAGAAUUUAAA